AUGCACGGCACACAGACACCCUUUCCUUCUUCCUCUGACCGAGACCAGAUUGCCGCAAUGCAUAGUCUCGGGAAACAGCGGCCUCCCUCGUCCAUGAGGGACAUGUCCGAUUCGAUGACAGUGAGGAAUGGCGAUGCAAAAUGGAAGAAAUCGCCAACAGUAGUCCAAACACCUACCAAUCACUCUACCCCAUUUGUUAACCCGUUUAGUAGCCGUAUGGGAAGCAAUCUGCGCGGUGGAUCACGUCCACAGGGAGUCAACAACAGUGGGCGUACUGUUCUCGAUAUUUCUCAAUCAAAGAAGCCGCGGAUAGACACCGAAAAGCAGCAAAUGACCGCACCGCUUGGACCGAUUCCUGUGAGGGAGUUCUACCCAAAACCAAACGGGAUGGGGUCGAAGAGUACUCGAUCUGCGGGUCCAUCUAGUAACGCCAUGCCUAGUACGUCGAAGGAUGUCAUCGAGGUGCUCGACGACGAUACUCCUGAUAUUGGACAACGGGUAAAACGGCAGCCUCAACGGCGUGUCAAGGAUCGGAUUGGUGAGAGUCCGGAUCCCCUGGACUCGCUCACCCCCGAACCAUCGCAUUCCAAGUUCUCCAACGACCUCCAUGAUUUCGAAACGUAUUCACAUUCUGCGCCAUCGCGCCGUUUUCCUCGGGACGGUGAUCAUACGCGUCGUCUCCAGGAACGGAUACAAACGCGCAAGGUGGUGCAAGUAGAUGACGACUCGGAUUCUAUAGAGUCCACCUCUGGGUUUCCACUUCCACCAAGUGGUAAUACUGCUCCGCCUUCGGGAAAGUCACUGUUUGUAGCGGGAAACGUAAAACAGAAGGUUGAAAGCUUCGAGAAAUCGUCUAAACAGCCCCGACGACUCGAUUUCAAUGAGAUAGCCAAGGUGAAAGCCAAUGUGAAGGGUAAAAUGAAAUCAAAGUCCAAUCUUCCUCAAAAACUGGACCCUCUAAGCGGCAUAUCUGGUUUUGAACACCACAAGGAAUCAUCUGCGAGGAAGAAUCAGAUGCGAUCAUCGGAGGACAUCAUAUUGCCACUUGAACAAUGGUCGCGAGGUUAUGAACUCUUUUGUAAUCAAGACGAAGCCAACAUUGCGCCUUCGUACUGGCUGACACUUUCACCCGACUCUCGACUUCUCGCCAUUCGUGGGGUUUCAAGUGCCCCAGAUCCAACGAAAGGCAGACCCCUACACGAAUUCAGAUUAGACAGGGAUAUUGACACAUUCACGUAUUCGACCCCAUCACAGAAGGGCGAGCCAAUGAUCCUACGUAUAAAACCAUCAGCUAGAAACUUUAAGUAUGCGUCGCCCACAGACAAACACAAGCCAGGAUCCAAUCAAGACGACGGUUUCAUAACUUUCAAAUUUAUGACGCGGCACCCGAACUGGCAAAAUGGAGAUCAAUAUUCUAAGCUCUUGGAGACUUUGAAAGUCGCAAUCCGUAAAUCUGAAGUAGUAACUGGCUCAGGUUCUAAGUCUGUGUGGGAAAUGGUGCUCAAUGCAGCGCAUCUCAAAGAACCAGAGAUUGAGAGGAAAGGAGUCGCUGCUUUCGCGCAUGAGCGCGAAGACAUGGUUGCUUCUUCAUCAAAAUCCGAGGCUAAACCAAAUUCUCGACCUAAGCCACAAGCUGCUUUCAAGGGUUCGACUACAUCAACUCUUCCCGGCGCACGUCCAACAAGGCAAUCUACUAGACUUAGUGCUCAUUUCGAGCUGAAAACUGGACUCGAGACUGAACCUGAGCCUGAGCCUGAGCCUGACGAAUUGAUACUUGUAUAUCCGCCAACCGGGCCUGGUGCUAUCAACAUAUACAAGAGCGACCUCAAGCGACUGGACGAAGGCUCUUAUCUUAACGACACACUGAUUGAGUUCGGUCUUAAGCUGUGGCUGGCUGACUUAAAGGCUGACGACCCGUCAUUUGCAGAGCAGGUUCAUGUGUUCAGUUCAUUCUUCUACAAGAAAAUCAACGUCAAGGAUAAGGACGAAGGCUAUCAGAGCGUUCGAAAAUGGACGUCUAAGUUCGAUAUCUUUCAGAAGAAAUAUAUCGUGGUCCCAAUCAAUGAAAACUUUCAUUGGUACCUAGCGAUUAUCUGCAAUCCAGAAUUUGUUCUGGUGCCUGCCCCAGUAUCUGAAUCAGCCCCAAAACCUAUGACGAGGAAACGAAAACGUGAAGACGCUAGCGUUGACGCGACGACACCUGAUCGCGAUGCAAGGCACACUAAUGCCCGACCACGCUCCCCCGAGAUCAUACCUGAUUCGAACCCGACCAGCCCUCAACGCUCGCCACCUCUAGAUAGCGAAGGAGACGUAGAGGACUUGUUGCACGUCACACACUCUUGCACGCUCAGUGACAAUAACCUCUUGUUCUAUCCCGAAGACUUAACUUCAGUCGAUCAGUCAAGUAUCUCGGAGCCGUCUCACAUUAACAACACAGAUGCAAUGGACGUCGAUUGUAUGGAGCUCCAGUAUCCUACGUCUCCUUUGCGACAGCCAGAUAAUAUGGAUGUAGACGAGGUUUCGAGUCUGUCAACACUUGUCGAUAGAGAGAAGACUGAGAUCGAUACCCAUGAUGGAUUGGAAACGAGCCUUAGAUCCAGAUCAAACAAUUUCUCGCCUAUCAGAGUUUCCAAAUUCUAUGGCAAGGGCUCUUCAUCGCAGAAGGGAGAGAAGGCACCAAGAGCAUCGACUGGUUCGAACCAAGAAUCGCGGGAGGACGGUGUAGAUGAACUUGAUGUAUCCGCAGACACGUCGGGUCGCGAGAAUACCACAUAUGUAUUUAUCUUCGAUUCGCUGGGCAGCAGGCAUCCGCAGGCUGGCAAAACGUUGUCCAGAUACCUGCAGCUGGAAGCCAAGGACAAGAAGGGCAUCAAUGCCUCUGAAGCAAAGUGGAAGAACGCUUUAGUUCCAAGUCAGCCCAAUUAUUGCGAUUGCGGAGUAUACGUACUACACUUUGUGCGGCAAUUUCUGCGUGCCCCGGAUACCUAUUCCAAUAUCAUCUUAUCCCUGACGUCCAAGAACUACCCUGCUAGGGAUCGUAAGACGCACUGGAAGGAUUCUUCUGUCAAAGGUCUGAGAGAAGAUAUACGAGGUCGUAUUCUACAGCUGUCGGAAACAUGGAAGAGCGAUCGUGGUACGAAGGUCGGAGAGAAAGAGACUGCAAAGGCAAACGAAGUUGGUGGCGCAACUUCGAUGAAACACGGCGAUUCGGACGACGUAGUUGUCAUACAAGAUUAA